AUGACUGAAGAACAGGCAGAGCAAUUAAGCCAGGUAUCUGUAAACGAGGAUGAUGAUAUCGUUGACCCAUGGACCGUUACAGGCAAAUCUGAGACUGGUAUUGAUUAUGACAAGUUAAUAAAGAAAUUCGGCAGUCAAAAAAUAGAUGAUGAAGUUAUACAGAGAUUUGAGAAAGUUACUGGAAAGAAAGCCCACCAUUUCCUCAAACGUGGAAUAUUCUUUUCUCAUCGUGAUAUCCACAUUCUUUUAAAUCUGUAUGAAUCUGGCAAGAAGUUUUAUUUGUACACGGGCAGAGGACCUUCUUCAGAGAGUAUGCACAUAGGACAUAUGAUACCAUUCAUGUUUACAAAAUGGCUUCAGGAGGUAUUUGAAGUACCAUUGAUAAUUCAACUUACUGAUGAUGAAAAGGUUCUUUGGAGAGAUAUAAAAAUUGAUGAUGCACGUAAGAUGGCCCGCGACAAUGCCAAAGAUAUAAUAGCUGUGGGAUUCAGCCCAGAGAAUACUUUCAUAUUUAAUGAUUUGGAUUUUAUUGGGCAGUGUCCAGCAUUCUACCAGAACAUGGUCCGGAUACAAAAAUGUGUGACUUACAACCAAGUUAAGGGUAUCUUCGGCUUUGGCGACUCAGACAUCGUCGGCAAGCUCACCUUCCCAACUAUUGAAGCUGCGCCAGCUUUUGCUACCAGCUUUCCUUUUAUAUUUGAUAAUAAAAUUCUUCCGUGCCUAGUGCCGUGCGCUAUCGACCAGGACCCUUACUUCAGGAUGACGCGUGACGUGGCCGCUCGGCUCAAGAUGCCUAAACCGGCGCUCAUCCACGCCACGUUCCUGCCAGCACUGCAGGGAGCUCAGCACAAAAUGUCCGCCAGUGAUGCUAACACUUCUAUAUUUUUAAAUGAUGGGCCUAAGCAGAUCAAAAAUAAGAUCAACAAAUACGCAUUCUCCGGCGGCCAGCCAACUGUAGAAGAACACAGGCUUAAAGGUGGUAAUACUACUGUAGAUAUUUCUUUUAAGUAUCUCACGUUCUUCUUGGAAGACGACGAUCGGUUGGCAGAAAUAAAGAAACAGUACGAAUCAGGUGAAAUGCUAACAGGCGAACUUAAGAAAAUAGCUAUAGACACAAUAACACAUUACGUCCAAGAUUACCAGAAGCGGCGUUCGGCAGUCACGGAUGAGGUCGCGCAAGAGUUCUUCAAGAUCAGACCAAUCAAACUUUAA